UUGCUGGGUAGGUAUUCAAGAUAGAAUGUUACACGAAGCUGCGAGUUUGAAAACACAAAAAUCGAUCAUAGUGAGGCAUAUUGCAUGCAAACAGUCUUUUUCAAGUGAGCGGCAUCCAAAAUGGUGAAAGUGAAGUGCUCAGAAUUACGUACAAAGGACAAGAAGGAGCUGACUAAGCAGCUCGAGGAGCUUAAAAAUGAACUUCUCAACUUGCGUGUUGCAAAAGUAACCGGAGGAGCUCCUUCAAAGCUUUCCAAAAUCCGUGUGGUACGCAAAGCUAUAGCAAGAGUAUAUAUAGUAAUGCACCAAAAGCAAAAGGAAAAUCUUAGGAAAGUUUUCAAAAACAAAAAGUACAAGCCUCUGGAUUUAAGAAAAAAGAGGACCCGCGCCGUUCGCAAAGCUUUGACUCCUAGGGAUGCAAAUAGAAAAACUCUAAAGGAGAUCCGGAAGAGGUCUAUAUAUCCCACAAGGAAAUAUGCAGUCAAAGCAUAAUGUAUUGCAAAUAAAAGAAUUUAAAUAAAGCAAUUUGAUUUUAUUUAA